AUUUGUAAAAAAAAAAAACGAGAGAAGAACGGCAAGAAGCGGGUGGAGCGAAGUCAAUCUCGAAGAACCUCACCUGUCGAUUACUCACCAAAAACUCACCUUCCUCUGCGUAAUCUUCAUCUCUAAAUCUCCUUUUCAGCACCACUUUCGGUGAUCGAUUCACAUCCUGAUCCGCCGUUGUUCACCGUUAAUGGAGGCAGCUGCUGGCGGCGGAGGCACUGGCGGUGCUGGUCCAGCGCCGUUUCUCAUCAAGACCUACGAUAUGGUCGAUGAAUCUGCCACCGACGAGAUCGUCUCGUGGACUUCUUCGAAGAAGAGCUUUGUGGUAUGGAAUCCCCCUGAAUUCGCUCGCCUUCUUCUUCCUACGUUUUUCAAGCACAACAACUUCUCCAGCUUCAUUCGGCAGCUUAAUACCUAUGGGUUUAAGAAGAUUGAUUCUGAGAGGUGGGAAUUUGCAAAUGAUGAUUUCAUAAAGGAUCAAAAGCAUCUGCUGAAAAACAUCCACCGUCGAAAACCAAUUCAUAGUCACAGUACUCCUCCAGGAUCUCUUGUAGAUCCAGAAAGAGCUGCUUUUGAAGAUGAAAUAGAUAGGCUAUCGCGUAAAAAAACUACACUUGAAGCCGAUAUCUCUAGGUUCAAACAGCAAAAAUCGACUGCUAAAAUUCAGUUGCAGGAUCUAACGGUGAAGGUGGAAAGCAUGGAAAAAAGGCAGAAGAAUUUAUUGGCAUUUUUAGAAAAGGCUGUUCAGAACCCUUCUUUUGUUGAGCAUCUUGCUCGGAGAGUCGAGUCUAUGGACUUUACAGCGUUUAACAAAAAGAGACGAUUGCCUUCAGGUGAUCAUUCACAGCCAGCCAUUGAAAAUAGUUUUUUGGAUAACCAUAGCAGUUCCAGAUCCGAGUCUGGGAAUAUUUUUCAUCAAGAUUUCUCACAUAAGAUGAGAUUAGAAACUUCGAGCGUAUCGGAUAUUAACUUACUUUCAUGUAGCACUCAGAGUUCAAAUGAAGGAGGGGGAAGUUCACAAAGAAACAUGUCAAAACUUGACACUAGAGGUGUCCAAGAAAGUCAUCAUUUUGCAGCUGAAACAUUAGAUCUUUCAGACACUGGGACAUCAUUUGUAUUGAAGAGGGAUUCAUCUUUGUCGGGGAAAUCGCCUAACGACGAGAGUCCAUGUCUGCACUCACUGCAACCAAAUGUUAGUUCCAAAGAAGAUGGAGAGAAUCACAUUUCCUGUCAUUUAAAUCUCACUCUUGCAUCUUCUUCCCUGCAAGUCAACGACGCCGAUUAUUCGGUUAGAAUGCCACAACUGGGUCAGAAUCUUCGAAAAUCAUCCGGUUCAAAAGUAUCAAAUGGAAAAGAAUCAGAUAUGAGACUGUUCACUAAAAACAUCAAUCUCGACGAGGGAACCAGUACAUUUUGUCUAAAGGAGACCUCAAGUAACAAUCACGGACCUCCAGCCAACCCUGUAAGAGUCAAUGAUGUUUUCUGGGAACAGUUUCUUACCGAAAGACCGGGUUGUCCCGAAAGUGAAGAGGCAAGUUCUAAUUACAGGGAAAAUCUAUACAAGGAGCCAGACGAUGGGAGAUCAGGCUUAUCACUUUAACUGGAGAGCUAGGCCUGUUUAUGAACCAAGUGGGAAACAGCCACAAGUUGAGAAUGAUAGCUGACCCUACCAAAAGGGAAGCAAAAUCCAAUCCCUGCACCUGUUCUUCCUGUGAGUUAUUCUAAGUUUCUAUACAAAUUGGAUUUUUUUUUUAAAUAUUUUUUUAAUUAUAAUUGGGG